GCCCUUAAGAUUUAGUGCCUUGACAUCUAUAAAUUCUCCUCGGCUAGAACUACAAUGCUCAUCAAUUUGGCCCCAACUUUUAGUAUUACAAAAGAGAAAUAUAGCAUGGCUUGUAAGUUUGUAUUUUUAGUGUUAAUGGGUGCCCUUCUUUGCACCACAAUUAUUGAUGCUAGGAAGCUUGUUGGUGGAGUUGAUGAGCAAAAAUCCAUCCUACCAAGUGGCCCUCUCCUUCCUGCCGGUGGGCUCGGGAUUGGGACAGGUGGAGGCCUUGGUUUAGGGUUAGGUCUUGGUCAUGUUGGAUUGGGCCUUGGUAGCGGGUUUGGAGGUGGAGUUGGGCUUGGAGGUGGUGCCGGUGGUGGAGGCGGAGGAGGGUUUGGAGGCGGUGGUGGUCUUGGAGGUGGUGGUCUUGCUGGUGGUGGUGGUUUUGGUGGUGGAGCUGGUGGAGGGCUUGGAAGUGGCAUCAUCCCUUGAUGUAAUUUCAAGUUAUUUAUUUAAUGAUAAAUGUUGCGAAUAACAACUUUAAUUAAUGUACUGUUGUUGUUUCCCUUAUUAUCGAACUUGUAGCCCUUUAGGCUAUGUGUUAACUAAACUUAACGUUGUGUUGUGCUCAUUAAGAUAUGUGGAUUAUGAUAUUGUUGUGUCAUUGUUGUAAGUUCUUCUAUCUAUAUUACAUAAUAAAGUUUAUCUCUA